AUGCAGUUCACCAUCAUCCUCCUCGCCAUCCUUCCAGCGCUGGGCUACGCUCAAGACGCCUACGGCCCGCACUGCGCGAAACACGACGCUCAAGAAUGCGGGCUCGGGCGCUGUAUUGAUCCGAUAGCCGGCUCUUUCUCAUGGUCCAACAACCCCGUCUGCGUCGUCCCUUGCAAGAACAACGACUGCCUCAACAAGUGCAAGUCUCAAUUCUAUGACAGGAAGUAUCAGGUCGGAUACUGUCACUCUAUUGGCAAGGACAACUUUUGUCUCUGCACCGAUAAGACAUUCUUCUAA